GAUCAAUCAACCAAUACACUCAAUCACAUUACAUUCUUCCAACAAGAUGAGGAUCGUCGACCCCCAAUCAGCGGCUCUCUCGAACAUCGAGGUCCUAGCCUACCUAACAGCGAAUCCCCCGCGACGACCCCCCAACCCGCCGCCAAACUCGCGACACUGGGUACCGAGUCCCGACCUGCGCGACCACAAUACCGUUGUCAAGGAAAUCCACAACUAUAUCUCACGCCUCGCCCCGCACCUCCAAACCUACCCACAAUACACACACAUCCCACUAGCGCAACUCGAAGCGCAACAAGCAGCGCAAGCCCAAUCCCACGGCAGCAACUCGACCGCACCUACCCCGCUCCCCCCGAAGACCCUAAACCAGCCCACGCCCAUGGACCACGCCCUCCGCGACCUGGUCACCCGUCUACAACCCUACGGUCUGACCAAGGGCGAGGUGCUCAUGAUCGUCAACCUAGGGAUCGGGCUGACGCCUGCGGCGACGGGGUCCGAGGAGGGGGAUGAGGAAGAAGCGGAGGUGGUAGAGGAGUAUGAGGAAGAAGGUGUGGCCGGGGAAGAGGAGGGCGGUCAUCAGCAGCAACCGGAAGAAAUGGAGGUGGAUGAGGGGGGAGAGGGCGGUGUUGCUGCUGGUGGUGAAAAUGGAGAGCAAGGUGGACUGGCGGAGGAGGAUUACGGGGCGAUGGCGCUGUUGGAUACGGUCAUUGAGGAGCGCGAGGAACGGUUGAGUGAGGCGGAUGUAGCCGGGAUUCUGGCUAUCAUUAGGGAGACGUUGGGAGGUGGUGGUGUGGCUACGAAUUGAGAGACAUAGACAAAAAGAUGGUUGUGGGCGGGGGGCGUUGAUUUUAUAUACCCGUGACGUUUUGCAUGAAAGACGACACCCCUUUUCCCAUGGAAAGGCAAUUAUAUCAAAUUUGAAUAACAUGGAAUUUG